CUCGGUUCAUUUAGUUCUAGUUUAUUGACUACUAGAAAGAAAGCCAUAAGCUUAUGGAAGUUAGAAAAGCGUCUUCUUUGAAGCAAGCCAUGGCCUCCCUCCCCUGGUCUCAGAGCUCCCAUUCUGCUUCCAGAAAGGGAUAAGAAUUGGUUUUCAAGAGCUCGUGGCGAUGCUUGAUUCCUCCUCUAUUCGACUCCCUGACGGUCGGAACUCGGAUGAUCUUUUCUCGGUGACACCGGGGGUUUAGCGAGCUUAAAGCUGCUUCCUUUCCAUUUAUUGGGUUAAUUUCUUCUUUCGUUGAGACCCAGAUCUUGGAGGGCGAUCGUCGGUAGAUUCUUUUCGAGUUUUGUUGGGAUUAGAGCGAUGUUUGGGUCCAAGGUCUUUCAUGAGCCGGAGAUGAACAAGGAGAGAACCGUAAGGUUCUAUACUGAUGAGAAGGACCAAGGCAAACCCAUGUACCAGGUACAAAGACCUGGUACGAUUGAUGCUAGUAUACCAUGGGGAAGAAGGUUUGGAAGGUCUAGGGUAUUCCCUGGGGGCCGCAAGUCAUGGCAAAAGCAAAUACUAGAUCCUGGAAGCUAUGUUGUGCUGAUAUGGAACCGGGCUUUUCUUGUUGCAUGUUUGGUUGCUCUUUUUAUAGAUCCUUUGUUCUUCUACUUGCCUUUGAUCGAAACUGAUAAAGAUUACUCAUGUGUUACAAUGGACCGACGUCUGAACAUUACCAUCACUUGUGUACGGUCACUUGUUGACUUAUUCUAUAUAUUAAACAUCGUUGUAAAAUUUCACACUGCAUUUGUAGCCCCAAGCACCAGAGUAUUUGGGAGGGGAGAGCUUGUCAUGGAUCCAAGAGAGAUUGAAAGGAGAUAUAUGAGAUCAGAAUUCUUCAUUGACCUCGCAGCAGCCUUGCCGUUUCCACAGAUUGUUAUCUGGUGGGCGAUGCCUCCCAUAAGAAACCAUUACGGCAGUCAUAAAACUACUACUUUGGCACUGGUUAUUCUUAUUCAGUAUAUGCUUAGAAUGUAUCUUAUUCUCCCUUUAAGCAAUCAAAUUAUUAAAGCUGCUGGGGUUGUUACAAAAACUGCUUGGGCUGGAGCUGCAUACAAUUUACAACUAUUCAUGUUAGCGAGCCAUGUCAUGGGAGCGGUUUGGUAUCUUUUGUCAAUCAGCCGGCAGAUUACAUGCUGGAAAUCAGAAUGCCUGAUGGAGAAUAGCUUCAGGAAUAGGACAACUUGUGAUCUUAAAUUUCUAGAUUGUGACAUUUCAAACAGGAGAGAUCGCCAACAAUGGGCAACUGGAACAAAUGUUUUCUCAAACUGUGAUGCGAAUAAUCAAAACAUCAGUUUCCAAUAUGGCAUAUUCGCAAUUGCAUUGCAAAAUGAAGUCCUCUCCGCAAAAUUCCUUGUGAAAUACUUCUAUUGCCUUUGGUGGGGCUUGCAAAAUUUGAGCUCAUAUGGCCAGACUCUGAUGGCAAGCGCUUUCAUUGUUGAAACGACAUUUUCCAUAUUGAUAGGUCUCCUUGGUCUCGUCUUGUUUGCUCUCUUGAUUGGCAACAUGCAGACCUACCUGCAAUCUAUUACUAGAAGGGUUGAAGAGUGGAGGCUGAAGCGAACAGACACCGAAGAGUGGAUGAGACAUCGCCAACUUCCUCAUGAGCUGCAGGAACGUGUCAGACGGUUUGUUCAGUACAAGUGGGUUGCAACACGGGGAGUGGAUGAAGAAAGCAUCCUGCGAGAUUUACCUGCAGAUCUUCGUCGAGAUAUUAGACGUCACCUAAGCUUGGACCUUGUUCGCCGUGUCCCUUUGUUCUCAGAGAUGGAUGAUCAGCUCCUUGAUGCCAUAUGUUUGCGUCUCGUAUCCUGCCUGUGCACAGAAGGCACCAGCAUCGUUCGUGAGGGUGACCCUGUGACGGAGAUGCUUUUCGUUAUCCGUGGGAUAUUAGAGAGCUCCACCACCGAUGGGGGCAGAACAGGUUUCUUCAACUCCAUUAUUCUUAGACCUGGUGAUUUCUGUGGUGAAGAGCUGCUCACCUGGGCACUGCAUCCCAAGUCCAACGCCAACCUGCCCUCUUCCACCAGGACGGUGAAAGCUCUGGUUGAAGUAGAGGCCUUUGUCUUGCGAGCAGAGGACCUGAAGUUUGUUGCUAACCAAUUUAGAAGACUGCACAGCAAGAAGCUGCAGCACUCAUUGCGCUUCUAUUCCCACCAUUGGAGGACAUGGGCUAGUUGCUUCAUCCAGGCAGCAUGGCAUCGGUACAAGAGAAGGAAAAUGGCAAAAGAUCUGGGUAGGUGGGAGUCAUUCUCCUCCUCCAUACCAGAUGAGCAAGCAACCAAUGAGUCAGGGCAGGAGGAUGAGUUCUCUGGCAGCUCUGUCGAUCCUUCCCAUCCUACUGCGAAGAAUCUAGAGGCCUUGAAGUCAGCAUCUAAGUUAGCUGCAAGUUUUAGGAAAUCUCAGACGGUGAAGCCUAUUGACAUGGCCACCAAGUUCCUGAAGCCAAGUGAUACCGACUUCACUGAUGAUUAGUGCCUCAUAUCAUGCUCGUAAUACAUGAUUACUAACGAUCAUAGCUGCUACAAUUCCGCUUCGGCUUGCAUUGCAUUGGGAGGUUUCCAGGCCCAAGCCCCCCAACAAACAGUAAGAUGUACACUGCAGUCUAAAUAUAGGAAACUGAAGGCUUUGCCGAAGGCCAUGGUAUUUGGUUGUGUUGGUAUAACUUUCUUUUUGAGAUUGAUGGGCUUGUAAUAUUUCUGAAUUUAGCUUUGUCGUUGUAUAAUAUGGACUCAUCAGUCAAUGAAACUUACGUGAUUAUCUAA